AUGCAGUUACUUGAAGCACCAUGUCGGAACGACCUUGAAGCGUGCUAUUUUUUGCACUUUCACCCCCACUGGCCGCUACUGCAUAAGAAAACUUUCUUGCAAUCAAAACAUCCUCCAGAACUGACGGCUGCUGUUUUGACAGCCGGACUAUGGGUGCUUGGUACUCCAGAGACCAGGGACAAGGCCCGGGUUUAUCAUGAUGCCUUGGUGAAAGUGCUUUACGAACAACUCUUCAAACUUCCCGGAUCUGCCACGAACUCAUCUGGACCUCGAGCUGAGUUCCUCUCUGCAUUCCAGGUCCUUCUCAUUGCCCUGAUUCUUUGCACCUACCGUGGGGCAGAGACAUUUCCAUCUGCUCUUUUCAACAGCAAGCAGGUUUGGCAGCUGUUCCAAUCCAUGGGCGUCUACGAUCAAAAGGCAAUAGACGAUCGAAGCCCAAGUCCGAUAAUCCGCGAGUGCUACCAGCGGUAA